GAAAACAGUACGGCAUUCAGGCCAUUUCAUAAUUGUAUUACAUUUUGUAAUUUUAGCGUACAUAGAUAUUGACUGCAGUUUUAAUUAUAUGUAUACAUUUGUUGUUUUGUAUAAAUAUCACUUUUCGUGCAGUAUGACAUUAAAUAGUACUCGGUAAUUUAUUUAUUGUUUACAGCAGCUAAUAGAGCUGUGGAAACCAUAAACAAAAAAUAACCCAAUCUGCUCAAAUUAUGAGAUAAUUGAAACAAUCUCGCGUAACAUGUUAAAAACAGUGUUUAACCGCCUAGAAAGCUCAAAUGGAUGAGGGAUUGUUGGGUUUCUUCGGCUCCGACGAGUGUCCACAGCGAGGGCGCUCAAGGACGAAGCAGCGUCCGUCCGCCUACAGCAAGCCCCUCGCAACUCACGUUGGAGCCACGCAGGAAACAAUGGAUAACUUACUGGGAUUAUUUGAUCCCUCAUUAGAAAAUGAAACUACUGCUAAUAUUGAUAAGUUGAACCAAGAUGGGCCAUCUAGCUUCAGCAAGUCAAGGCAAAUCAAGAAAUCUCAAGCUAAACAUCAGAUGAAGAAAAAGAGUAGCUUUCCACCAUCUGAUACCAAUUGCAAUGUUCUUUGUGAUGAGACAAAUAUUGCAACUUCACAUCAAGACUGCAAUGUUAUGCCAGUCCAGACAGUCCUGAAUAAUGCAGUUGUAAACAACACAUCAGCAAAGGCUGGUUCCAUAAAUAUGCUGGAUAAGUAUAAUGAUUGGGCAACUAGAAGGCAAGCUAAGGAUGCUGUUUUAAGUAUUGCUUGCAAGAAUUCCACUCCUAACGAAACUGAUAAUACUUCUAAUAUUAAUGACAACAAUAACCAAAUAGAAGAAGAAAAAGGCUUUAUUUGCUUCAAAACAAACAAGAGAAAAAAUAAAGCUGGAAAGAAAAGCAAGAAUGUUAUAAAAGCAUUACCUGUUCAAGUUAAUGAACGAAGUAGUUAUUCAAAUGACAAAAUUAGAAAUAGUGAAUUUUUCAGCUCCAAAGACACAAACAAUGUUCAAAUACCUGAUAGUUCUCACCAUAAAGCUGACAAUUAUUUCUGCUCCAGUUCCGAAAAUGCAAAUUCUAAUUCUAUUAAGCAUCUCAAAUGCUGUAAUAUUGUAAAUGAUCAACGUAAUGUUAACAGUUUGAAAUCUAAAGAAAAUUGCCCUAAGAAGCCAAUGAGAAGUUGUAGCUGCUCAUCUGCAUGUGCUGCAUCCACCAACUGCUUCUCAAAUGCCUUGGAAGAUUCAAGUGUAGAAAGCUCUUCUAAUACAAAUAACUGUCUAAGAGAGAGUGUAAACAGAAGAAAUUCUUCUGUCUGUUUACCUUCUUGUCACUUGCCUACAAGGGAUAACUUGGAAGGAGUAAGAGAUAAAUCAAGUGAGGUUAGUCACCAGCAUUUCUCUUACAAGAACUGCAAGAUCAAUGGGAACUGCAAUAUUGAUGAGUCAUCUAAGUCCAUAUGCAACAACCAAAAAUCUACUUUGUGUCAAGCUAGAAAUAGUUCACAAUUAUCUUGCGAAAUUGACACUAUCAGCUGCUGCAAGAAUGAUCCCAACAGCCAAGAGUUAGCAGGGAUGUCCUCAAUGCCUGAUCACCUUCCCUCUGAACCUCAAGAAGGCAACAUUGAGUACAAACUUAAGCUCAUCAAUCCCAAUCAUGAGAGGUUCAAGAGGCUAGUAUCUCAGAUGCAAUGGCGACUGAGAGAGGGGCUUGGUGAAGCCAUCUACGAGAUAGGUGUUGAGGAUUCAGGUCUCCUUCUGGGGUUGACGCCCGAGGAACUCUCCCUCUCCAUGGCGACCUUAAAGCUCAUGGCUCGGCAGCUUGGCGCGUCUCUCACUGUCAUCAGAGAGAAGAACAUUGGCGAGGGGGACAGAAAAGUGGCCGAAGUCCUCGUUAGAAAAGUGCCGGAUGAUCAGUACAGCAUAGAGCUGCGCAUCGCUGUGCUGGGAUCUUCAGACGUAGGCAAGAGUACCCUGCUUGGCGUGCUCACUAGAGGGCAGCUUGACAACGGCCGAGGCUGCGCCAGACUCAACGUCUUCAGGCACAGACAUGAAGUCUAUUCCGGGAAAACCUCCUCCAUAUCCAUACAAACAAUGGGAUUUGAUUCUCAUGGCAACGUGGUGGACGGUACGUGCACGAGGAGCCGCGACUACGACGACGUGGACAUCUGCUCACAGAGCAGCAAGAUCGUCAACUUCAUUGACCUGGCGGGCGACCAGCGCUACAUCCACACCACCGCCUUCGGGCUCUCCGGCUACUGCCCUCACUACGUCAUGCUCGUCGUCAGCGCGUUUUGCGGGUUAUCAGCGAUGGAUGAGGAGCACCUGUCUCUGGCCCGUGCCGUGGACCUGCCACUCCUGCUGGUGGUCACCAAGACGGACCUGGCGACCCCUCAGCAGCUGAUGUACACCCUCGCCUCCCUGAGGGCCGCCCUCACCGCGCCUCCCCUCAAGAAGUUGCCGCUGGUGAUAGAGACAGCAGACGACGCUAUCACAGCAGGCAGCGGGGGCGGGCAGGACGCGGUGGUGCCCAUCUUCCUGGUGUCUAGCGUGACGGGCGACGGGCUGGACCUCCUCAAGCAGUUCCUCUUCGUCCUCCCGCCCAAGAUGACCGCCAAGGAGAGGGAGAAGUCGGAGCAGGACGUAGCCCAGUUCCAGGUGGACGAAGUAUUCCACGUGGAGGAGCGCGUGGUGGUGGGGGGGCUGCUCACGUCGGGGGUCAUCCCUCACGGCGCCACGCUCAUGCUGGGCCCUUUCGACACGUGCGAGUUCCGCGCGGUGACGGUGGAGAGCAUCCACCGCCACAAGGUGCCCUGCAAGAUGGUCUGCGCCGGCCAGUCCGCCUCUCUCUGCCUCGCAGGCGUCGACGCCGCCGCCAUCAGGAAGGGCAUGAAGCUCCUCGCGCCCGAGACUAAACCCUCCGCUGCCUACUACUUCCAGGCGAGAGUGCGGCCGUCGUCGGUGUUGCUGCGGUUCCUGCGUCAGCCUGAGUACGUGAGCGUGGGCGCGCGUCUGCUGCUGCGUCAGGGCUCUGUACGCGGCGUAGGACACCUCCAGCAGGUCUUCAGGGAGCGCCCCUUCACUGUCCUCAAAGUCCGAUAA